AUGAAUCUUUUUAUUUAUGUCCUACUUGUGUCCAUUUGGACAAAUAGUUGUUUAAAUACAAACCAUAGUAAUGGAUCUUCUACUACAGGAGCUAAGCACGUUGAAUCAAUGGAGAUCAGGCUGGACAGUUUUAGAAGACGUCUACUCAUCAUCGUAAUUGGUGUUAUGAUCAUAGCUUUUACCUUUACCUGUUUUUGUUUUCUCCAUUAUAAUUGUGUGGGUGAUGAAGCAGAAACGGCCAAGAAAGAAGGUAUAGCAGUCAAGACAUCCAAGUCAUCCAAAAUAUCAAUCAAUGAAUCCAAGACGGCCAGUCCAUGCACUUUAGAAACAGAAUCCAUGCUACUCAAUGUAGAGAAGUCAUCUGAACCCUCAAGUCCAGAGAAGACAUCCACACUAUCCAGUACAGAAAAAUUAAUCAAGCCUUCGAGUCCAGAAAUGCCAUCGAGACCAUCUAGUACAGAAAAGUUAAUCAGACCAUCAAGUCAAGAAAUGCCAUCAUCUCACCUGGAAAAGUCACAUAGAACAUGCAGUCUAGAGAAGUCACAUAAGCUAACUUGUUCCCAUAAGCUAGUCAAUCAAGUCAGUUCGUCCUAUUCAAAUAUGGCAGUCAAGUCACCUUGGCCAGCCAGUCUACAAUAUCCAGUCAAGCCAACUGAGUCAUCUUGUCCACCCUGUCCACACAAUCAAAUUUUGGUACCCACGUCAUCUAGUUUGCAGAAAUUUGGAACCAGGAUGUCCUUUGGACAUUCUAACAUAAAAACAUUAGUUAGCGUAGGUAGGGCAGAAGUGUUAUCUAGCCCUCAAUCAGUUAAGUCCUGUCAAUGCUACCAGGAAAAAUGCCUUAUGUGCAAAACUACUUCUAAGUCUUUGUCCAAUGAUAUUUCUAAGCCCAAGAAGACAAAUGCUCAAAACCCACCUUUUCUAUGUGAAAUGAAGCCUUUUUCCAAGUCCUUUCAUAGGGUAGAUUCUAGAGACAAUGUAGUCUAUGGCAAUGCGAGUGACAGUGACAAGAUUACAUAUGACAGUGAGGAUGACAGUGAUAGGGAGAUAAUCAUUAUUUGCAACAGGAAACCCAAUGAAGGCACCCCAAAUAAUUAA